UUGGUUUCUAUGGUUACAACCAGUAACGCACGCAGCAACUCUAAAAUUACAGCACGUUGAAGUGUUCUUGUUCUUACGUUAGCUAAUGUGAAUUAUAUUUCAGCGAGUUGUCACAAUGGCCGCCGGAGGGGAGCAGGCAGAAGAGCAGAGUGUAUUUCCCACUGCUGUGUCAGAAGAGGAGCUUGAGGAGGCCAGGAGAAAAAGCACCUUCAAGCAGCUGUUUGGCUCCAGUAAAAUCUUUCUUGCACCAGCAGAGAAACGCCCUCAACGACCAGACCUACAGGGAAACCUCAUCAUCCAGAGAAAGGCUGCAGAGCAUUACCAAAAUGGAAAAGAGGCAAUGGGAAAGUCCCAGUAUGAGAAGGCUGUGAUCUGCUUCUCCAAAGCCAUCACACUGCAGCCAGAACAGACUCAGCUGUAUGUGAGCCAGGCGGAGGCCUACCUGCAACUCUGUGACUUCCAGUCAUCAGCAGCCUGUUAUAAACGGGCCUGCAUCCUGGAGCCUGGAGCCUUCAGCGACCGCUUGGCCUUCGUCUACUACCUCCAGGGCCAGUGUUUGUUUGACAGAGGCCUUUUCCUCGACGCUCUGAAGGCCUUCAGCAAAGCUGCUGAGGUGAAGCCUGGCUGCAGGGCCUACGAGGUCAGAAGCCUGGCCUGUCUGACUGCUGCAGGUCACCAUACUGACGCUCUGGAGCUGGUGAACGGCUGGAUGCUGUCCGAUGGUCCCAGCUCUGAUCGUUACAUCCUCCGAGCCCGACUGCACAAACUGCUCAACCAGACAUCACAAUGUUAUCAAGAUUUGAAGUCGGCAUUGGCGUUGAACCCAACGUGUCCGGCAGCCGGAGCCCUGCUGCUGCAGAUGCAGAAGGCCAGUGAACAGGCCCGACAAAUGGCCGUGGACAGAGCUCUGGCCGGCCAGCUGCCUGAAGCCUUCUGCAUGAUCAAUAUCGCUCUGGAGAACUGCCCGCAGGACGCACGACUCUACCUGUUCAGAGGGAUUCUGUACCGAAAGCUGGAAGAUUACACAGCAGCCAUCGAGGAUCUGGUCCAGGCUGUGGAGCUGAGCGCGGAUGAGAAGGAGGAGGAGGUCAGAGGUCAGGCGGAGGCCAGAGACGAGAAGGAUGAGCACGGCUCUGUGGAAGAGGAGGGCCAGUUUCAGUUGAUUCUCACCUACAAUGAUUUUGCCGUCCAAUGCUUCAACAGAGGCCUUUACGCUGAGGCCACUCUGCUUCUUAACAAGGCCAUCGAGGAGGAGAAGGGCCAGGCGGGCCUGUACCUCAACCGAGGAGACUGUUUCUUUAAGCAGGGUGACUGGUGUUAUGCUCUGGCUGACUACCAGCAGGCUGAGGAGAUGAUGCGGCCUGAUGACCCUGCUGUCCGGCUCCGCCUCGCUGUCCUUCACAACUCGCUGGGCUCUUUCUGCUUCCAGGACGGAUGUUUCCAGGAAGCAGCUGAGAUGUUUUCUCUGGCCAUCAAAUACAACCCAACAGCCAGUCAGUACUAUGAGAACAGAUCGAAGGCCUUUCGGAAGCUCAUGGACUUGGACGGAGCCAGGCGGGACUUCAUCUGCAUGCUGAUUCUGGAUCCCAGCAAUGAGGAGGUGCCUCCUCUCCUCAUGAAUCUGUUCCCUGGAUGCAGCAUGUCUGAUGUUUUGUCCAGUCCAACAGGACAGGCAAUCAGAGUUCAGCUGAUGGACACCAUCCAGGCCUGCAGUUUGUCCUCCGAUCAACAAAGAUUGAGUGAGAAGCUCCUAAAGAUGACUUUGACCAGUGAGAACACAGCCGGCCCAUCAGUAGACCCCCCUGAUGCAGGAAAGGAGCUGAAGUUGUGUGUAAACCAACCGGAGAUGCAAUUGACUGUGAAGAGCCUUCUGCAGGUUAAGGAAGUGGUUCGGUCAUUUCUCCACAAUCAUCCAACUGUUCACCACACUGGGCCACGCCUCGACACACACCAACCACCAGCAUGAUCCACACAGUGAAACAGAACCAGUCCGCCUUUAGACACAAGAGGAGUUCUUACUACAACAAGACAUGUGGGGUGUUCUAAAUCCACUGCUCAGAACUCUGGGUGGGACAAAAAACUAGGAUAAAUGUGUUUUUUUAUCUACGUUUAAGUGCUAUGUUUUUUUUUUUUACUGUAAGCAGUACCUUUAAACACCCAUUUACACUCCAGAAAAUCUACAAAACCUAAAACCAUAACUAUGGUCCUUUAACUCAAAC